GUACCUGCUCUGGCCUCUUUCAAACCUCUCCGCGGUGUGCGAGCAGCUUGCAUACUGCCUUUGGCAGUUCAACUGUCCACACACCCACUUUGCAUUCAACCCGCCCAUCGGUCAAUGCCUGCUCCAGUCACUCCCUCCGCCCGUGCAUCAGGAUCAGGAUUCAUGAAAGCAAGGGCGUGUCUGCACACCAGUCGCUCUUCUCCGAAAGAUGUAGCGCCCGUCUAUGUACAAUGUCUUGGAUUACGUCCCACCCGUCCUCUGGCCCCAGGUGGAAAUGUACAGUUCAUGCAGGUGUGGUUCGCUUUUGCCACAAUGCUUACGCCUUGCCCCACGACGUGGUCUGUCCUAAUUGGCUUGAUAUAGCAAUUCUAGUCCUGCACCUGCAGGAUCUUCAUGGCUACAGCAGCCGGUAGGAUGGAUAAUGAUGGUAGUGAUGGUGGGGAGAGUGUGUGUAGUUGUGGCGCCUUCCGUCUGU